AUGGCCCGAGCAAAGCUUGCCGCAAUACUUGAUCUCCCGGAGAAGGGGCCGCAGCCCAUAACCAAGAAGAAGAGGAAGAAGAUUGAGGGUGCCGAACCUAUGGUCCAGUUGUCGGUGGCCAACAGUGGUUAUGGCAACUCCGUUUCUUGCUCCGCGUCGGCGAAGACCGCGUAUUGCGGCAUACCACAGCUAUGGCGGGCGCAGGAUCUAAAUCCUCACGCCUAUGGGGGGCCGCUGUUGGGUCCUCACGAGAAAAUGAUUGCUGUUUGUGAUGAGCGGAAUGUUGAAGAGAUGAAAAAAACGAAAAAAGAUGAGAUGGACAAGUUGAAGUUUAAUUUCACUCCGUUUGAAUUUUACAAAUCUGCUACAAUGAAGUACACGAUACAUCUAGUUUUCCUCCUCUUCACUGUCGCAGCCCUCGCCGACCCAGAGGCCAGGGGCGGUGGUGGUAAAGGCGGCGGCAGUCGCGGUGGGCUGGGGCGCUCACAGAUCAAGAACGGGGUGGCACACGGCAAUUCGAGUGCCGGGAAUGUACUUCAUCCGGGACGUCUGGCGGUCGCAGUGGCGGUAGCUGGGGCAGCGGCUUUGCACAUGCGGGACUUGUGA